CUCUCUCUCUCUCUCUCUCUCAUCAGACAAGCAAAAACAACAACAAACAAGAGAAGAAGAAACCCUUGUUCAUUCCUCCUCGCCUCGCCUCGCAUCUCGGCUCGCCGCGCCGUCAGAUCCCUCGCCUCCGAUGGCGCACCGCCGCCUCUGACCAACCACCGCCCCCACCGCCGCCCACAUGCCGCCGCCCAUGCUCGCGGAUGCGGCGGCGGCGGCGCCCUGCUCCUCCUCAUCAUGCUCAUCCAACUCCAGCUCUUCCUCCUCCUCCUCCGCGAUCUGGUCGCGCCGCCGCGACGAGAUCACCUUCGACCGCCUCGACAAGUUCUGGAGUGCCUUGUCGCCUCAAGCACGGCAUGAGCUCCUCAGGAUCGAUAAGCAGACUCUCAUUGAGCAUGCACGCAGGAAUUUGUACUGUUCAAGGUGCAAUGGGCUGCUUUUAGAAAGUUUCACACAAAUGGUCAUGCAUGGGAAGUUACUGCAACAAAAAGGUCCAGGUGUUGUACAAGAUGAUUCUUGGGGAGGCCUUUCGACAACAAAGGAUGGCCUCCUGACUCUUCUUGACUGCUUCAUAAAUACAAAUUCCCUUCAUGUACUCCAGAAUAUAUUUGACAAUGCACGGGCGAGGGAGCGUGAACGGGAAAUGCUUUAUCCUGAUGCAUGUGGUGGAGGAGAAAGAGGGUGGAUUAGCCCAGUAAUAGCUAAUUAUGGCAGGGGGCAUGGAACACGAGACACAUGUGCUUUGCACACUGCACGCCUUUCUUGUGAUGCUCUGGUGGGUUACUGGUUUGACCUGUGUGAAGAAACUAGAUCAUCUCUUCUGCGGAUGAGGGAAGAAGAUUUCAUUGAAAGACUUAUGCAUAGGUUCGACAGCAAAAGAUUUUGCAGAGAUUGCCGAAGGAAUGUCAUUCGUGAAUUUAAGGAACUGAAAGAAUUAAAGCGUCUGCGACGGGAACAUCACUGCACUAGCUGGUUCUGCAUUACUGAUACAGCUUUCCGGUGUGAGGUGUUUGAGGAUGCUGUCUUAGUUGAUUGCCGCCAAUCUUUCUUGGAUCAAGAUAAGUCCUAUAAUCGUUUUGAGUUUGCUGUUGGAACAGAAAAAGGGAAAUCUGAUAUACUAGGAUUUGAAGCUGUGGGGAUGAAUGGGCAAGUGCACAGGAAGGGCCUUGAUCUUGACCAGUUUGAAGAUUAUUUUGUUACUCUGAGAGCGCAUUAUGCGGAUAACAAGAACACAGAUUUCUAUGUGAAGGCCCAUGCCUUGAAGGGCCAAUCAUGUGUUCACCGCAGGCUGAUCGUGGGGGAUGGGUUUGUGACAAUUACUAAGGGAGAAAGCAUUCAAAGUUUCUUUGAGCAUGCUGAAGAAGCUGAGGAAGAGGAUGAAGAUGAUGCUAUGGACAGGGAUGGAAAUGAUACUGAUGUCGAUGGUGUUCAUCCACAGAAGCAUGCUAAGAGUCCUGAACUUGCCAGAGAGUUUCUUUUGGAUGCUGCUGCAGUGAUAUUCAAAGAACAGGUUGAAAAAUCUUUGAGGGAAGCCACGGCACAACAAAAUGCACAUAGCGUAUUUGUGUCCCUUGCAUUAAAAUUGUUGGAAGAGCGGGUUCAUGUUGCCUGCAAAGAAAUAAUUACAUUGGAAAAACAGACCAAGCUUCUUGAGGAAGAAGAGAAAGAAAAGCGUGAAGAAGAAGAGCGCAGGGAGAGGAGGAGAACAAAGGAGAGAGAAAAGAAGCUUAGAAGAAAAGAACGUUUGAAAGAAAAGGAAAAGGAGAAAGAAAAGAUACCAGUUCAAUUGAAACCUUACAUUGGUACCUCGUCAUCACCCCUGAGCAACUCAGCAACACCAAUUAAUGAUCAGUCACCAGAUAUUGCCCACUCCAAAUACUCAGCUAGCGAUGAUGAAGAUAAAGAUAGUAUUGUGGUCACGGAAUCGUUCUCUCCUGAUACCUGUGUUGAUCAAUCUCUAACAAGGGAAAGUGAUGGACAAAGCAAUGAGUUUCAUUGCAGUACAACACUGGAAUUUAUUCCAUCAGAUUGCAAUGGUUCUUUCAUGUGUGAACAAUCUACAUCCUCAAGGAGGAAACUCAGAUUUAGAAGGGAUUCCCUUCAAGAACAGACCACUGGUUUUUGGUAUGAAGAUUGCCAAGAUGACACUGGGGGUGUUGGAAAUAUUCACUGGCAAUCUAGGGAGAGGGCAAGGAAUGCAGGUAGAGGCUGCAACUCUUUGUUCAGUGCGAAUAACCGGACAAGAGAAAGGUAUGAGUACAAUGCCUGCAGUUGUGGCCAGCAGGAAGAUUAUGGGUAUUUUUCUCCAACAGCUAGAUCAAGUAGAGAGAUGAAGAUGUCCAGGAAAACAAUGGUUGAGAAGCCCUGGUUACAGUACCGCAGGUGCUAUCCAUUGGAUAGCUUCAUAGUGUCAAAAGGAAGCCGAGUUGGUAGUACGCCAAACAAGAAUGCAGCUCCAAAACAAGUAUGGGAGCCAAUGGAUGCUAGAAAGAAAGCUAGCUUAGGGAGUUCGAAUGGUUCUUCUGAAACAGUUAGCGGUGUUGAUCGAUCCAAUCAAGUGGGGUGUUCAAAGGAUAUUGUCAAUUGUAGCCAAAUACUUGGCUCGGAGCAUGAAGAACUAGCUGAAGCUUAAGCUUCUUCAGAUCUAUCAGAGGGCAAAUCGAUAACAGAUCAGCCAUGUGAAAGCAGUGAAAAUAAUCAAGCUGCUUGCAAUAGUGAACCUCCUGUGGUGAACAAGCCAGACAGCUGCUUUACCAAAGAUGGUGGUCAGACAGCAAACAUGACCAGUUCAGAUAGCUCUUCAUGUCUAAGCGAGGGAGACAGAGAUAGUAGCAUGAGCAGCAUGACCUCAUUGAGUGCUCAGAAUCCGGAAUCCUCGUCUACUUCUGAUUCAGAAGGAUCUUCAGAAAGGAACAAUAGCAACCCAGGCAAUCCACCAACCAAGAACGGUUCGCGUUCAUUACUUGAAAUGUGCGCAGGAAAUGGUUUCAGAGAAUACCAGCCACAGAAUAUUCACCCUUCUGAUGGCAAUCAAUUUGGGUUUGGUGUGACCCCUUUCCAGGAGCAGCUGUUACAUCAGCAAAAGAUUCAUGCAGCUCCAUACCCGUCAACCUUGAUGGGUUUCCAUAAUCAUCACAUGUCAGUUCCAACAAAUGGAUACCUAGCAUACCCUCAACCUGGUCAUUUCUACCCAAAUGCUGUUGGAUAUGGUGUGGCUGGAAACCAAUGUGUUGACUUCCCAAUGCAGUACAGUAAUGUGCAUCCUUAUGCAGGUCCUGAAUUUGGUUAUGUGCCUGCACAGCCAGUCCAUAAGACUCCGGUGAACUUUAAUGCCAUGGUGCCAACUGCUGCGCUCUUUAGAAAUGGAGCGCCAGAAGUCAUAAACCCUGUCAUUGUAAAACCAGACAGGCAGCAUCGCCAUACCCUUCCUCCUGAGCCGAAGCGGGUGGAUCCUGAUCCUCAGAACGGCUGUUCAGAAGAUAACAAGAAGCCGCAAGAUGGCUCUGUGCCUUUCUCGUUGUUCCAUUUCAACCUUCCCAUAUCCUCGCCUGCCCAGGCAUCAUCUGAAGACGAGGUGAGUGGAGGAUGUUUGGCGUCGAGAUCGCCAACUCCAAGUGCUCAAAAAGCUCAGCCUUGCUCAAGGGAGGAGACCAACAUAAAGGAGUACAACCUGUUCUCUGCAAGGACUGGAGUGGAAUUUCCCUUCUUCUAGACAACAGACGCGCCUAUUAUUUGGCACAGAACAAUACAUAGCGAGUGAUUUGUAUUCUCCAAAAAAACAAAAACAAAAUAAGUUACCUCGAGGUUUUUACCGUGUUCCCUCGAAUAUUUAUUUAUUUCUUCUUCCAUUUGUUUUGGUUGCCCUUGUGUGUAAGGAAAUUGCAAAGAUAGUGAGUGGUAUAGUUUCUAAAUUUUGAGAUAUGUUAAAUGUUUGUUGUCCCGUUUUCCA